CUGCAUUUCAUCAAAGUACAUUCAUCAUUCUUAUAGCAGUUCACUCUAUUACGAAUGCUAGUGAACUCCUUAAUUCAGGCCAGAAAGCUAAGAUGUAAGCUAACUGCUACCAAGUUUUCAAGAAUGUAUAUAAGGACUAGAAUGCCUCAUAUUGGGAGUAAUAUACUUCCAAUACUGAGUUGCAUACUAGUGGUGUCUUUAUUGUUCUCAAAAAUCGCGGCUGCACCUGCCGCCGAGGUUACAGAGACUAUCUUUGAUGCCAAUGUGAAAGAUUUCAUGACAUUUGAGGAUUCUAGCAAUGUCUUAUUCCUUGAUCCAGAUAAUGGUGAUCUUUAUUUAUCAAAGGACAACGGCGAGAAUUGGCAAAACGGUGAUGUUCCUGACCAAAAUUGUCAUAUUAAAUCUCUUUUUCAACAUACGUAUGCAAGCUCGCGUGUUUUUGCAUUGACAGACUGUAACUAUGUCUAUUACAGUUAUGACAAUGGCGAUUCUUGGAAUUACUUUCUAUUAGAGCAUCAAGUAAAUCCAUCCCAAAUUCCUUUCCAUUUUCAUGCGACCAAUCCAGAUUAUGUGAUCUUUAAUAAUAUGUACUGUUCUUCCUCGAACAGUUGGGUUGGAAGAGUUUGUCGACCCGACAUAUACUAUACCAAUGAUGGUUUUAAUUCGGGAGCAAAUCCAGCACCGGUGGGCAUUUCAUACUGUAUCUUUUCACUUUCUACAGAAUUGAUGGAAGUGGCUUCCAAUGACCAGAUAAUAUGUAUAUCAGAAAACCCACAGAAAGCAUCCCGCCCUCCCUUUAAUAAACGUUUAAUCUCUACUGAUGACUGGUUUAAUUCCUUAGUACCUAUCCGACUACACCAUUUACUUGGUUCUGACGGCGUAUAUGGAGUGCUUACUACCGGUUCUUUCAUAAUCACUGCAUUAUUGGACGCAGCCACCGGUAAACUCUUCGUAUAUGUAUCUCAAGACGGAAUCAACUGGCAAGAAACUCUGAAGUUUCACAAAGGAUUUGAAUUUGAUGCUUUUACUAUUCUACCCUCAACUGAUUAUGCCUUAGUUGUGGACAACUUAGACUCUCAUCCUAAUAAUCCAACAGGUGUUUUGUAUACUCUUGAUUUUGAUUCAAGUACUUUUGUUCUUCGGAUGUCCGGUACGAACAGAUAUCUUGAUGGUUACGUUGACUUUACUCAAGUGAACAGUGUUGACGGGCUGAUGUUUGUGAAUGCGGUGGACAAUCUGAAAGAGGUAGACUCAAAUCCAAUGGCGGAGAAACUACUGAAUACAUAUGUAACUUAUAAUGGUGGUAAAUCAUGGUCAACUUUGAAUGCUCCUUCAGACGUUUGUGACGAAGGUGAAGAUGAUGAGACUUGUUCGUUAAACCUGUAUAUGGAUCCUCGCUCUUCCCAUAAAAUGAAGUUUUCUCCUUUUGCUCCUGGAGUGUUGUUGGCUUUAGGUUCUGCAUCACCGCAUUUAUCUUAUAAGGAAGAAAUGUCCUUAUUUGUGUCUGAAGACGCUGGUCGUACCUGGGCUUUAAGCCGACCUGGUUUCCAGUUCUUUGCAAUGUCUGGGUUUGGUUCUGUUUUUUUCGCUUGUGAUGACGAAGUAACUAAUCAAGUAUUUUAUUCCCUUAAUCGUGGACGAACCUGGAUAACAUUAAGUUUGGAUAGACCCAUUACACCCCUUCGAGUCUACGCUUCAGCAGACCCUUAUUCCGAUAUCUUUUACCUGAUAUCUGAAGCAGAAAACGAUGGCUCAAAGCGUCUAGUUUACUCAUUCAAUUUUGGAAAAUUUUCAAAAGAAUGUCGCUACAGUUCCCAGGAAUCAGGAAAGAAUGAUUUUGAAGUAUGGUACACAAACUAUGAAAACGGGAAACCUGUCUGUUCCGAAAUGGGAAGAAUCGAAUCGUUUUGGAGAAAGAAGCCUGAUGUAAUUUGUUCAGCACCACGAUCAUUGAAAGAAGUCCAUCAUUCCACUAAAGAUUGCGAAUGUGUGGAAUCUAGUUAUGAAUGUAAUACACAGUUCUCUUCCAAUGAAGAUGGCACGUGUGAAUUGCUACCUUUUGUUGGUAGCGUAAUAUGUGCUGCUGAAGAUGUAGAAAGCUUUGAAAAAUAUCCUUAUCGACGUAUCCCCGGUAAUACGUGCACGCCGAAGAAAAAAGAUAAUUUUGAGAAGCCUCAAAGCUUCAGUUGUGAUGACUUCAAUGCACCUGGGCGUGAACUCACCGCUAGUAUUCAGGAUUUCCCGGAAGAGCUAAUUGAUAUAAUUUACCUCGAAGGAACAGUUCCUGAAGAAAAAACUUUUUUAAUUGGCUUCUCUAAAAGUGCUUAUAUUUAUAUUAGUUCUGAUAGCGGGAAAACAUGGAAUAAAUUUACUAAAGAGAAAUUUAUUGCAAUUUAUCCUGAUUCCUAUCAAAAGAAUACGGUCUAUUUAAUCAAUCAUAGAAAUGAGGUCUAUUUCACGAAUAAUAGAGGAAGAAGCUUCUAUAAGUUUAAAGCUCCUGCUUCUGCAAAUCAUAAUGGAAAAUUAACAUUGAUGUCCCAUCCAACCCGUCCUUCGUGGUUGAUGUUUACUGGUGAGUCUGGUUGUGAGAAUGGACCUUACUCUGAGACAUGCCAUGAUGUUGUCUUCUAUUCUUUGGACUAUGGUGAUAACUGGACUCAGUUGUCUGACGAAUAUGAAUACUGCUCUUGGAUAAGGGGUGAAAAUCUUUUAGUAGAUGAUUCUUUAAUUUUUUGUCUUAAGACAAGUGAGGAUGAUAUAUUUCAAAAAAAUCUCUAUGCGUCUACUGAUUUCUUUGAAAGCAUCGAAUAUGAAAUAAUGAAUAACGUUGUUGGCUUUAUGAUUGAAGACAAAUAUGUUGUAUUAGCCGUUCAGGAUAAUGAAGGAAGCUCUUUAUCUCUUCAAGUUUCUAUAGAUGGAUUAGAUUUCGCAUCCUGCGAUUUUCCUGGUUACUUGAACGUUAAUCCAAAACAGUCAUAUACCAUCUUGGACUCCACCACUCAUUCUUUGUUCAUUCAUGUUACUACUUCUGCCCGAUUAGGAUCCGAGUGGGGUGAUGUUCUUAAGUCCAAUUCAAACGGGACAUAUUUUAUGACUUCUUUAGAGAACGUAAAUCGAGAUUCCACCGGUUAUGUCGAUUUCGAACGUGUGGAAGGCAUUCUUGGUGUUGCAUUGGCAAAUAUAGUAAGUAAUAUUCAUGAGCUGGGUGAUGGAGGAGAUAAAAAGCUUCAUUCGUUGAUAACUUUCAACGAUGGCUUAGACUGGAAGCGUUUGGUUUUGGUUGAUGGAGAAAAGAUUUCACCGAAGUGUGGUAAAAGCUGUCAUCUUAAUCUUCAUGGAUAUACGGAACGGAAUCAAUUUUCAGACCCGACCUCCUCAAGUGCAGCCGUUGGUAUUAUGAUAGGUGUCGGUAGUUUUUCACCUUACUUACUUCCUUAUGAGGAAUCUCAAACCUUCAUUUCAAGAGACGCAGGAGUCUCAUGGUAUCGCAUAUUUGAUUCUCCUUACCUCUGGGCUUUCCUAGACAGUGGGUCAUUAAUCGUAGCUGUAAAGAGUAUGACUCCGACAAAUGUGAUUCAGUACUCCAUCGACGAAGGAAGAACUUGGAAAGAAUUUGUAUUCUCAGAUGAAGAGGAGGUGGUGGUGGAUCUAAGCACCAGACCUUCCGGUAUAGGACAUGAAAUCCUCUUGCUUACAUCAGAUGAGGAUAAUUCCCCUACUUCCUCAGUCUACAUAGACUUCGAUCCUUUAUACCGGAGGAUCUGUGGUUUUGACCUUGAGGAUCUAGAUUCCGGAAAGGGCGAUUUCGUUAAAUGGAUUCCUACAGAUUUAGAAGGAAAACAAAUGUGUUUGCUUGGCAGAGUAUCUUCCUACUAUAGAAAAAAUCCUGAGAAGAAGUGUAAAAUUGGUUCUUCCCUUUCAAUCAAGGAGGAAGUAGUAAGCCGUUGUCAGUGUACUAGAAUGGACUUCGAAUGCGAUUAUAAUUUCCGUCGGAUGAAGGAAGGUACUUGCGUUUUAGUUCAUGGCCUACAACCGCCAAACACCGAAAGUGAACAAUGUGCAGCUGAUGAUGCUGUUCAGUGGAAAGAAUCUACAGGGUAUAAACGCACUCCAAUGACUUUUUGCGAAGGUGGACUGCCGCUUGAUUCUGGAAAAACACAUGCUUGUCCCGGUAAAGAAAAAGAAUAUGAGAAGUUACAUCCGAAACCCGGGAAUUGGAGCAUCAUUUUAUCGGUUUCCGUUUCAGUAAUUUUGGCUGUCAUUUUUGGUUAUAUAUUUUAUCGGUACUCCCAGCAGUAUCUUAAAGGAGCGAUUCGACUUGGCGUUGACUCUGAAGGUGAAAGUCCCAUCAACAAAAGCAUAACUUUCACGAAGGGAAUUUUUGCUUCUAUUCCUAUCUUUUUUUAUGCCCUUUAUGAAAGUAUACGCUCCAUCUUUGUUAGAUCGGCAUCAUCAGCUCCUGAUUAUGAAAAUGCUGCCUUCUUAGAAAAUUAUGAAAUUGAUGACGAAGGCGACGACAACUUUUAAAUUAAUGUCAUGUUGUACAUCUUAGUUCACCGGCAUAAUAUACGGGGAAUAUUUUAUUUGUACUGAAUUAAAUAAAGAUCUUUUCUUAUGUGUUAAACUU